GCCGGCUUAGGGCUCAGGGUCUCUGUUGCUUCCAUGGUAGGCACUAUGCACUUGAAUAUAGCUAACUUCCUUUGUUCUUCUGAUGUUUUGGGAUAUUCUCUCCAAAGAGAUCUCAUUAUAAGAUACAUUGUUCUGACUAUUGCAUGCAUGCAUCUUGUGUACCCUCUUAGCAUGGCCUUGAUGUUCCCUCUUGCGCUGAUUCAAAGAUUUGUUGUAUCCAAAUCAGUUGACUGCACAGACCUCUCAGCAUCUGAUCGGUUCUUUGACACCAUCAUACAAAACUCAUUUGUACCACUUGCAAGAAAUGCACAUGUUUGGAGGCCAUGCAUUGUGCCUGUACCAGACAAAUCUAACAGAGUUCCAGUACAGAGCUUGAAUCACAACAUAUUCUACAGUUCCAGUCAUGCUUAUAGCCCUCCACUUUCUGAUGUUGAAGAAGAUGAGACGGAGCAUAUUGUCAUCAAGACCUCGUAUGAUCCGCUUGCAUUGGGCAACAAGAGCUUCAAGGCACCAAGAAACAAGGCAGCCAAUGAUAUCUGGAGUGCUGAUGAAAGGUUGCGAGCUGAGCAGGGUGAGAGGAUAAGAAGUAUUGAUGGUUUGCGGGCAAAGCUUGCGAAUUUGUAUCACAACGGUGUUAAGAGAUCACCAGACACAUACUUAAGGAUCCCUAUGGAGAUUAUACCCAAUCAUCACUUGGACCUGCAUUGCAAAGAUGGUUUGCUGAUGGCAUUUGUGUCAAUGGCACUACUGAACCACAUCCAUUCUGUGCUUGAGGUAAAUCUCCUGUCUGCAUUGGAAAGGCCUGAGUUGCUGGAAGAGGUAGACACACAAUUGCCAGGGUGUCAACACUUUCAGGUGAUGCACUUGUCUUGGUAUAAUAGGCAUUGUACCUCGGGUAAUGAGGCCCCAAAGGAGGUUCAACUGUGGCUUCUAGAAAAAGAAGGCAUGCGUACUAACCACCAGCAGGUGAUUCCGUACAUAUCAAAGGAUCUGCAUGAACACCAAUGCAUCUACUCUACAAUCUCACAUGUAUAUGCAGAGCUCUUUGAGUGGGUAAGAAAAUUGAUGGAGAAUUUUUUGCAAGACAAGUUUGAGAUGCUGAUGGAGGUUGCAUCAAUCUUGCUUGGCAAUCACUGUCCACCUUUCGUGCCAUUUAUAUCUUUGGUCAUUAACAUCAAUGUGAGGACCAAAGCCCAUUGUGAUGGACAGGAUUGCCAUUUCUGUCUUGUCAUACCUAUUGGACACUUCCAAGGAGGCGCUUUUUGUGCUUCUGGUGAUGUUGCGCUCUUUAGGUCCAGUGAGGUAACCCAUUUCAACCUUGACUAUAAGGGUGCAAGGGCGUCUCUUGUCUUUCAGACUGACAGGGAGUUUGCAACUUGGCUUAAAAAUCAAAAUGGCUGGGUAGAUAACCAGACCAUGCAUUCUUUUGUAUGA